AGGAAUAUAUGAACUCGAAGCAACAACAUCUGAUGGAAAAUCUACAAAAUACUCUGUCAUGUUAACGGUCAAUGUUGCUGUCUCUAUUCCACACAUUGAGAUCUUUCCUAAGGUUCCUCAUGUGGGAGACAAUGUCACUCUGCAAUGCUCCAUCCUGAAGGGGAACCUGGUUCAUUACAGCUGGUACAAAUGUGAGCAAUCUCUGUCUGAUGGUAAAAACUAUCGUCUGUCCAAGAACAAUCGCUCCUUGACUCUGCUGAACUUGCAGGAAAGUGAUGUCGGCACUUACAAAUGCCAGGCCAGGAACCACAUCAGUAUCAAACACAAGGAGUUUGUGCUUCAGUUCUGUACAUCUACAUCAGUCACGGCACAUUAUGUGUACAUUGGUUAUGCAGGUUACCCUGGCUACAUUGGCUACAUCCUCAUCCUUGUGCUGUGUUACCACUGGAUGAAAGAAUUGCGGAGAAGGUCCAAGGACAGUGAAGCAAUUUAUGAAAACAGUAAAGUAAUAAAGCAGAAGCUUUCAGUCACAGGGUCAGCAGAGAUCAAGAUGUACGACAUGAAAAUGAGCAACAGACGGAGCAGAUAAAGCCUGGCGAAUCCGUACUGUACCACAGCCAUAGUCUGUCGAAGUAAUACAACAGCAGAAUACUGCAACUUCUGGAGAUCUACGCAAAACAAAAACAUCAUAAAACUGUAAGAUGUCAGAGCUAAAGUAGGUUAUUCAACCACUUAAUGAUUUCAUGGCUGAUCUCAACUUGCCUUUCUUUCCUGUUUCUCAAUACUCUUUAUUCUCUUCCUGAUUACAACCUGUCUCUCACAGCCUUGAAAAAAAAUAAGGUCCCAAAUUUGAGAGUCCUCUGCAGUAAAGAAUUCCACAGAUGCAUGACUCUCAGAGAAGAUUUCCUCCAAAUCUGUCUGAAAUGGGUGGCCCUUUAUUCCGAAAUGAUGUCCUUUGGACCUAGACUUUUCUCAUAAGGGGAAACAACCUAUCCGCAUCUCCCUUGUCAAGUCCCUUCAGAAUCUUGUAUGGUAUCUUCUAAAUGCCAAUGAACACUGCCCCCUCCACCCCCCCAGCCUGCUCAACCUUUCCUCAUAUGACAAUUCCUCCACACAUUCAGUUCAAUAAC